UGGCAAUCCAUAUAGUUUCGUGCGCAGCGCUCCGCUCAUUGCCCCACAAUUUUUCAACCGCGCCGCUUGUGUUUUCGUUCGCCGUUCGAAAAUCCGAAAGAUAUCAACAAAAAGAUGGAUACUUGACGUAUUGCCACGAGAAAUAUUCCGAAUUAAUGAUACUAGUGGUCGGAGCCGCUAAGCGAUUUUUGGGCUAAACGAAUGACAACGCUACGCAGUGCAGGAAACUCGGACUUUGUCGUCUUUUCCGUUUUUUGCGCUACGGCUACGGGUUUUUUGUUGUAAACGCGGGCGUAAACAACAAACAAGUGCAGUGGGAGUUGUUGUACGCUUCAGAACUGAAAAGUGAAGGAGGAAAUAGAAAAAGUUUAAUGUAAAAUAGAAAUUAUAAAGUGAACUUCUUAACAUAUCAAAUACACAUAACACAUAUCAUCUAUAAUUAUUACUAUUAAACAAAAGGAUAAAACGGAUACCGCUUGUAAAAUAUACUUGAAACAAGUGCACACCACUGGACAAUACAUAUCAAACCCGUCGAAAGCAUAUCAAAGCCAACAAGUGAUACGAGGAGUAUAAAACAGUUAAACGUGUUCCCAAGUCCCCGCUCCCCACGAGAAACUCAAGUUCCCAGACCCACCCGUAUAACCGAAGAGAAACAAAGUAAACUACCGUGACUAGCCGGUCCUGUCGAGUCCGCGAACCAAGUUAGUCAACUACAAAUAAUGCGCAUACAAUAGGAUCGAUGUUACCGCAAAACUGUAUGUCCCUCCAUGCUAUUCCCAAGAGAAACGAAGAAAGAACUAUGGCGUUAUGCGUCCAGAAACAACCCGGGUCCGUGCGAUGGGGUGCCAGCUGCACCGCCCGUGCAGCCACCACGGCCGCCGCCCCCUCCACAUCGACCCCGCCCUCAUCCAGCGCCUCCCUGCUCUGGCUACUCCUGCGAGGAAGAUUCCACGACAAUGCGCCAGACGCCGCCGCCGCCCUACAGCUCGAUGUCCUGCGCCAUGGACUGCUCAGGCUCCGGCUCCGACUCCUACUGCCGGAAUAUGACUCAGGUGCAAAACAACAACAACAGCCACCCAUACCGCCGACUGCCAAAUCACAAGGAUCUGUUGGCGCCUCCGUCAGCGUCCGACCGCUGCUAUACCGCUCCUGGAUGCAGUUGCGCAAGCUCCUGCGACGAUAUGUUGAUCGACGGAAGCGAUCAGGAUCAGGAUCAUCAUCGGGAUCGGGUUCGGGGGCAGGUUCAGCAGGUGGAUCGCCGGAUGUUCAGUGCCACCACCUUUGCGACCAUGUUACGGAAGUGCUGCGGCGGCACCACAGAGUCAACCAGCGGAUCCACACCCACGUUUGCAGUCACAACGACCCGAGCCGUCCAUCAUCCUCAAAACCAAACGCAGAGUUCGAGACGCAAGGAUUUCGAUGCGCUAAUGAAACUGCUGAAGCGCAAGCAGAUGGCGGAGCUCCAACUAGCGGUCAAGAGUCGCUUGGAUCCGCCGACGAGGACCCAUCGAGAUGCCGUUACCACAACCGCCUCCUCCGCACCCACCUACCUGCAGUGCAUUCUGAUCCACUGUACGACGCCAGCGGAUCGGGAACAGCAUGUGACCGCCAGCCGGCUGUUCUUCUGGCCAGGAUUGAGGAGCGGCGAGGAGCUCAAGCGACUACCCGCCUGCCCCGCUGCACGCGACUGCGUCUACAAUUGCUGCAAUCCGCUGCACUGGUUCCGCAUCCUGCAUCAGCCCGAGACAGAAGCACAACCGCCGCCAUACCAACGCUCAAAAAUGCUGAGACUGAGAGAUGCAGAUUCCGAAGAAGACUCGCAGAACGAUGCAAAGUCGGCAGCGCUGAGCACGUGGAGUGCGCAGAGCAGCAGCAUUUCGAGCAUCUUCAAGCCGCCUCUCUUCGAGUCUUUCACCACUGAUGGAAAAGAUUAUAACAUCAAUGGCAAGGCCUGGUGCCAAAUCGCCUACUGGGAGAUGGCCGACCGAGUCGGGGAGUUCUUUCACGCCAGAACGAAAGCAGUCAAUAUCUACACGGAUGGGAUCGUGGGCAGUGAAGGGGACAGCAUGUGCCUACGUGACCUUACUCCCGCAGGCAAACAGGUCUACUCGGAGCUGGUGCAAACUACGCGACAGAAGGUCGGAUUGGGGGUGACAUUGAGCCUAGAAGGCGGCGAUGUUUGGAUAUACAACCGCGGAAACACACCUGUGUUUGUGGAUUCACCCACCCUGGCCGAAAAUCUGGACCGUGUGUGCAAAGUGAUGCCCGGCAUCUGCCUAAAGGCCUUUGAAACAAACAGGGCUCAACUGCUAAGCAUGAAACAGCAAGGACAUCACCACAUGGGACCCGUCGACUACUUCAGCAUAAAGAUCAGCUUCGUGAAGGGGUGGGGGCCCGCCUACAAAAGACAGGACAUCAUGGGCUGCCCCUGUUGGCUGGAGGUGCACUUUAGCCAUCUGCGGUGACAGUACGUGCUGCUGGCGCUUUCGGCAGGACCUCAUCCGGCAUCCCAGCACCACGUCGAGCAUUUGGGUUACCAGAUGAGCAGCUGCCGGCGGGAAGGACAUCGGCAGUCGCCUCAACUGCUGCGGAAGGCGCAAAAGCUGCUGACCAGGCUGUGCAGACACGUGUGCGCCCUGACGAAUCCUGCGUCGAGGACGAGAUGGAGGUGCCUGGCGGGCAGGAGAGCGAGCCGCCAGUUAACCAAUAAACAACCAAUAAUUUGGAACAACAAAGGACUGCAAAAGAAAUCAUUUUAAAUGUUAAUAUACAUAAUUACGAAACAAGUUUCAAUUACUGCUAGUAGACACAUCGAAAUUAAUUUUAAUGCAUCCGAGUCGCAUUAAGUGAGAGAAGUCGAGGAGUCGGACGAGUUGGAUUGAAAUACAUAGUAAUUGAUUGUUAAACAUACAUAGAAAAAAUUAAUAUCCUGUGAUUCACUCUAUAUAUACACAUGUAGUAUGUACCGACGCGUGGGGCUAGAGCUCCAUUGCCAUUAGCUAUAUAUGAUAUGUAUAAAUAUUUAACUUAUAUAUACAUACAUACUAAACAGAAGGCACAUCAGGGCUAACAGUUUCGAGAAUGGCAGAUAGUCUAGUUAUGAUACAACAUUUAAACGCCACUACCUUUUCUAUUCGACGUUUUUAAAAGAACCUAAACCCAUAAUUUAUACCCCACCCAAAUGAAACCAAACAUCACUGAAAUACAAAUCUGUUCAGUAAAAUCUGCAUAAGAUCCUAGGUUAAAUGAAAACACAAUUAACAAAAUUCUAUACGGUUUUAGACUCUAGCGCAUAGCGAUCGAAUUGACAUUAAGAAAGCAUACGUCAUUUUCGAACAUUAUUUGUUUUAUGUUGAUAUUUUGACUGUUUUCGUUGUCAUGAAAUUUGUUCAUUGUUUAAAUUAAAACCAGCCGUCAUAUAAAUUGUAUAAAAAUAUAUCGCACUAAGAUACUUACAGCAUAGGAUACUUCUAUUUAAAUCUGAAAUCAUCUAUCGUCCAUACACAUUUCACAAGCCCGAACUUCAGUUGCAUUUCCACCUGUUGGAAAUGCCAAUUCGAGAAUUCGGAGUAGUAGUAGAAAUCCGUGCGCUAGAGCUUUAGCCUUUGUACCAAACAUCCUAGAAUCCCAGCCUUGUAUGUAUUUCGUUCUAAGUAUAAAUGCGAUCCACGUAAAACUAUUGUUACCAUUUUUCUCACUGUUAAAGGAAGACCGUGUUCAGUAAAUUCAUAAAGAAAAUAGGUACGUGAUUAUUGUAUGUAUAUUUUAAUUCCAAAAAAGCACUUUAAAAAGUAGUAACAAACUUUAUGAGCAAAGAUACCGGGCUGAUUUUAAAAGUUCUCCUCAUGUAAGACGACAACGUAAAAAGCCUGGUUGAGAGGCAUGUAUACAUACAAUAGCUUCAAUAUGAUCAAAUAUUUAAUCAGUGCAGUUAUACUGUUAAGUUUAAAAACUUGUAAUAAAAUUUCAAUAUAUUUACAAAAACAAUUGAAAUACUGAAUACGUUUUCACUUGUAAUGGUUAAAAUCAUCCAAAAUAAAAAAGUGGCAUUUACAUUUUUUUCCAGA